UUGACGUCAUCUGUUCUGGCAGUGUCUAGAGCUGAUCUCGGUCUCUCGGCCUUUCCAGCUGAGUCCGCCGCCAGCGCAGCGCCUGCUCCGAGCCCUCCAACACAAUCCAUCAAAAUGAUCAUCUACAAGGACAUCAUCACCGGAGACGAGAUGUUCUCGGACAUCUACAAAAUCAAAGAGUCUGAGAAUGGAAUGAUGAUCGAAGUCGAGGGAAAGAUGAUCAGCAGAGCAGAGGGUGAUAUCGACGAUGCGCUCAUUGGUGGCAAUGCGUCAGCAGAGGUCCAGGACGAAGGCUGCGACUCUACGACAGUCAGUGGUGUUGACAUCGUCCUCAACCACAAACUCACUGAGACCAGCUACGACAAGAAGUCCUACACAGCUUACAUCAAGGACUACAUGAAGGCAGUGAAAGCCAAGCUGCAGGAAACAUCUCCUGAUCGGGUAGACCCCUUCAUGGCUAACGCACCAGCUGAGGUCAAGAAAAUCCUAGGAAACAUCAAGAACUUCCAGUUUUUCACAGGAGAGUCCAUGAACCCAGAUGGCACUAUCGGCCUCCUUGACUUCCGUGAGGAUGGUGUGACGCCCUACAUGCUCUUCUUCAAAGACGGUCUUGAGAUUGAGAAAUGCUAAAUUCCCCUGCUGCAUCCUAAAGUGCCUCCCCCCAUCAGUGGCCGUCAUCAGCCCGGUGGCUGCGAGGGCUUGCGGAUUAAUUGGAUCACCUCAUUCCUCCCAACUUCAUCAAAACCAGAAGCUCUUUUUAACCCCUCACCCCCCACCCCCCCGCCGAAGAGGAUAUUGAUUUCUUUGAUUUCAGUGUCUGUCCAUCCAGAAGACUUGAGACUUGCUCUGCUGUGAAUCAAUGUUUUUGGGGGGGAGAACAGUAUUUUAGUGAGCUGAACCAUCUUGCGAAGAGCUUGCGUUAUUGCGCAGACGCAGCUCACUAGGGUUUUUUGGUUUUCAUUAUUAUUUUUUUAAAAUACAUUAGCUACCACAAUGGUGAAGUCGACUGCCUGGGCCUUGGUUUGCUGUGUGCAUGUCAGCUCUCAGACAGCAAGUUGUACAGUUAUUUGCCACAUGUCCCUUCUCCAAUCACAGGAUUGAAUAGGAUUUCUUGGCACUAUUUGUGACAUAAAAAUAAAGUUAAGCUGCUGGCUAAACAA